GUAAUUUGCCAUCAUACCGAAUAAAAGGCUGAAGCAACAUUAAUCUGUCAGAACCACAAUUCCUCAAUUCAAAAUGGGAAAACAAAAGGCAAUAAUCAGAAAAAUUGAAGACUCUUUCAGAAUAAGAAAUCUAUUGCUCAGACAAUGUCUUGCUGAAUGUUUAGGAACAUUAAUUCUUGUGUUGUUUGGGUGUGGAGCACUGGCACAAAUUACCCUCAGCAGGGGUACACAUGGACGGUUUUUGACUGUCAAUUUUGCUUUUGGAUUUGCAGUAAUGCUUGGUGUACUAAUAGCUGGCCAAGUGUCAGGUGCUCACCUGAACCCUGCUGUGACCUUUGCUAUGUGCUUACUUGCUCGUGAACCUUGGAUAAAAUUUCCCCUUUACUCUCUGGCACAAAUACUAGGUGGCUUCAUUGGAUCUGGUAUCAUUUUUGGUUUGUAUUUUGAUGCCAUGUGGGACUUCAGUGGUCAAAAUAAACUGUUGGUAUAUGGCCCCAAUGCAACUGCUGGCAUAUUUGCUACUUACCCAUCUGCACACUUAACUCCACUCAAUGGCUUUUUUGAUCAGCUGAUUGGAACGAGUGCUCUGAUAGUUUGCAUCCUUGCUAUUGUGGAUAAGUACAAUAACCCAGUGCCAAAGGGUGUGGAGGCAUUUACCGUUGGCUUUACCGUACUGGUUAUUGGCUUGUCAAUGGGUUUCAACUCUGGGUAUGCUGUGAACCCUGCCAGAGACUUUGGACCUCGUUUGUUUACGGCAUUGGCUGGCUGGGGAGCUGAAGUUUUCACUGCUGGACACUACUGGUUUUGGAUCCCAAUUUUUGCCCCCCUCCUUGGUUCUUUACUGGGCAUUCUGAUAUAUCAACUAAUGAUUGGGAUACAUCUGGAGCCUGUAAACCACAAUUCAUCCACUAGAGAAGAAAAUGUAAAACUGGCUAAUGUGAACUUAAGAGAAAGUUCCUAAUGCAUUAUGGAUCAUGGUCAGAGAUUGUCAAAUUAGUAUUUGGGAUACUCCAUGCAUUUUCUCAUAAUAAAUCCCUAAAUUUGA